GAUGGGAAUGAACCAAUGGCUCCACUGCACUCCUCGGGGGCCCCGUGUGUGUAUGAGAGAGUGUGUGCGUGAGUGUGACUGUGUGUAUGUGUGGGACUGUGUGCGUAUCUCCAGAAGAAGAAAGAGAGGGAGAGAAACGGCGCAAGGAAACAAUCGAAGAAGCCCCCUGAUCUUGUCUGCUGCACGGAACGAAAGGAUUAGAAGGGUCGCCGGAGCGCGAGCGUUCACUCUCCCGGUGGAAGGAUCGUUUGUGCGCGCGUGUUUUUUUGCCCCGUUGCAUGAAGCCAGUUUUUGUGCCGUGAGAGCGGACUGGAAUGUGAAUUCUAGCUAAAAGGAUUACUUGGGGUCGUUGCUCCAUUCAUGUGGCCAGCGUCAUCGAAACUGCCGUAAAGGUGCUGAAGGUUUGCUCUUGAAGCUGAUUCCUCUCCACCAAGCUGUUUAUGCUCUUUUGUUUGGCUGUUCUGGCUAUGAAAUGUGAAGAAAAGCUCAUGCGUUUGGUGUUGUGCAGGAAUGCGAUGCAGUCUGCGUUAAAAGCAAGGCAGUAAAUCAGCUGUGUCCUGCUCACGGUGCCUGCAGCACCUUUGGUGGGCUGUAAUGCGCUGGAGGUGCACCGCCGCUUUGCUGCAAAGCUGGUGGUAGGAUCAGCAGCACUGGGGUCUCAUGUUGUGCUUGGGCCAGGAGGGAUGUGUCCACGGCUGUAGCCUAGUGCACCGGACCUGGACGUGGACCUUGAUGUGGGACGACGAGCGCAGACGUGACCUGAACCUCCAGACAUAGAGAGGAAAAGGAAAAACGAAUGAAACCCGCCCAAGCUGUCGUAUGUUGAGGACGAGACGCUCGGGUCUGGUCCGGCGACUCUGGAGAAGCCGUGUGAUCCCGGAUAGGGAGGGGGGCGAUGGAAGCAGCUGGAGCGGGGAGGGGGGUCCAGACCAUCCGAGCGACAGCAACCCGGAGAAGAUCCCUAAAACGGAGUCUGCACCACUGGCCAACGUUCUGGGAAACGUUGGGGGAUUAUUGGGCCACCGGGGGUUGGUGGACGGUGGAGAACAUGGGGUCAUUUUAGAACAUGAAAGCCGUGCCAUGUGUGUCCAAGAGCAGCGUGGUGUCCCCCCAUGUGAGGGAAGCGAUGGCAGGACGGUGACAUGCUGUUUAUUCAAAGACCUGCCUAAAGAUCUAAGGACUUCCAAGAGUGCCAUGCUGACCCGUGGCAAAGACGGGCUUCCGUGCCACUGGGAAGGUAGAAGCGGCCGAGAAGUUUGUGGCUUUGGUUCAGCAGACCUGAAAGCUCGUGCACUUUUAGAGCAAGAACUCAAGAGAUGUGCUUAUGCGUUCCUAAAAAAGCUUAAGGAGAAGCCUUUGGAUGUCUUGUUGGAGGCGGUUGAAUCCAAAGGUGGAGUACCGGGGGACUGUGUUAUGGUCUCUCCGGCUGACCUGCGGAUUGGCGGCCAGGCCGUAUCUCCUCAGUACCUGCUGUGUAGGCUUUUCCGCUGGCCAGACCUGCAGCCCUCUGCUCAGCUCAAGCCUCUGUGCCACUGUCAGAGUUUCAAGGCACAGGACAGCCAAGUGAUGUGCUGCAACCCCUAUCAUUACAGCCGCCUGUGUGGACCAGACUCCCCCCCUCCACCAUACUCACGGCUAUCUCCUACACUAGGACAGGAGUUUCUGGAUCCUGCACACCCAGCAUUGCCUUAUGCUGAGAUUGAGGCAACACGUUCACCCAACAGCACAACUGGGGGUCAGUCAGAUGCCAGUAUGUCUCCCUCCUCCCUUGCACACGCUCACUGGUGUAAUGUGGCAUACUGGGAACACCGUACGCGCGUGGGCCGUCUGUAUCCAGUCUAUGAACCCUCCCUCAGCAUCUUCUGUGACCUACCUCAGGGCACAGGCCUAUGCCUAGGCCUGCUGCCCCUUCCGGCCCGCUCCAGCUCCGUCCAGCGCGCCCGUGGCAAGAUAGGCCACGGCAUCCUUCUCAGCAAAGAGCCUGACGGCGUGUGGGCCUACAACCGCAGUCAGCACCCUAUCUUCGUCAACUCACCCACCCUGGACCCGCCCCACUGCCGCAGCCUGACUGUCCGCAGAGUGAUGCCAGGCUACUCCAUUAAGGUGUUUGACUAUGAAAAGUCGUGCCAAAUCCGGCAGCCCGGUGAUUCGGUGCACCUGGAAGGUCCAUACGAUCCGAACAGUGUGCGAAUCAGCUUCGCCAAGGGCUGGGGGCCAUGCUACUCAAGACAAUUUAUUACUUCAUGUCCUUGCUGGCUGGAGAUUCUGCUCAACAACCACAGAUAGCACAGAUACCCAUUCACCCAGACUGUGCCACUUACUUAAAAAACUUGCCCACGUUUCUCUUUCUGACACACAAAAACACACAUACAUUCACAACCACAAUCCCAAAAUAUAAUCUAUCUAGAUUUAAUAUAAAGUUUUAUAUAUGCAUAUUAUAUAAAAUACACUAUACUUGUAAAUAAUGAGUCAUUUUUACAGUGUAAUUAUUUAUGUAUGGUGCAAUGUGUAUAUGGACAUGAGGAAAAAGAUGAUCAGGUAAUGCACUUUGGAUUCUGUGUGUUCAUAUGGAAUCUUUCAUCGCCAUUUUUACUAAUGGAUGUAUACAGUGAACCUGGUUUUGGUGUAUAGUUUUCAUAUACUAUCAAUAUCCAGAAAAAAAAUAAAAGUACAAUGGACACAUUGAUAAUAAAGUAUUCAUGAAAUAUU